ACAUAUAUAAUACAUUUUUUUUUGCAUUGAUCUUAUUUAAUUGGUUAUUUUUGCUAUUAGAGAAUAGAUGUACUAACUGUGAGAAUUGUCCCGCCUGAUCGCUCACACUGCCUGAUUUGCUCUUAUAGCCGCAGAGUUAGUUUGAGUAAAGACUAGUGGACUUGAUGAAAUAAACUACUUGAGAUUUGCCUGUUUUUGUCCUAUUAGUUUCGAGUAUCUUCGAAUACAGUUGUAUCCCAGAUUUAUGGAUAAUUCUCAUGGAAGGCGGCCUGUCCAUUGGCCUCGAAGUGGAUUGAGUAAAUGUUUACCCUCACAGCGAAUCAGGUCAAAGACAGUUGACCAGACGGAACACAGCCACAGCUGGACAAAUACAUGUACAUAUGUGGAUUGCUGAGCAACUGUAAGAUCUGGGUGCUUAUAAAUAAGGCCUGAUCCAUUAGUAAGAUAGUAUCAGAGCUUGAAUAAAGGCUUCUUUCGUUCGCAAUCAUGGACAUGUCGGUGUUGUGUCUGUAUCUGCUCCUGGUGUCCGUCCUGAUGUUGUUCCUGGUGCCCACAGCCGAGUCAACAUUCCUUCUCUGGGCCUGCAUUUUACGGCUAAAUAUCUGUCCAUUCCGCACCACCACCCCAGCCACGGCUUCGUCUUAAUUGAGUAUGAUGGAGACAUGAUGGAGACAGCACCCGUCAAAUUGAUAAUCGAUUAUCUUUCUUUAGAUGCUAGCUAUAAAUAAAUGCCAAACUCUAUCGAAA